AUUAACUUAAAUAAUUUUCACAACAAUCCUCUGAGUAUUGUACAGAACAGAGGCAGAGGAUGGUUAAGUAAUUUACCUGAAGCCAAAGAGUAAGUAGCAGAGAUGGGCUGCAGAUAACCACCUGUGAGAGUGCCAAGAUGGAAUUAAACCAUUUCAAAGGACCCCUAACCCCUCGCUUUGGGUUUGAAAUAAUAGUGCUUUCAUGGUGUCUACACUCAAGGCAUUUUUCCUCUCCAUACCACGCCAGAAACUAGUACCCAGUGUCUUCAUUUCUCCCCUUUCUCACAGUCUGGCUUCAGACCUUCUCACUUCUCGGAGGGUGAGAAAGGCUUAGUCUUUUGAAGUAAUUGCGAAGUCACCAGCGUCCCCCAGGUGGAGUAGUGCUAAAUUUCUGGCAACUAAUGGGCUUCUAAGAACUGGGGGUUCAGCCCAAUGAGGCUCCAAGCUGAGUCAUGGGUGGAGCCAGUGGUGAGGGCAGACCGGAGUCCCUGCUGGGUGCCUACUGUGUGCAGCAACCAGCUUACCUGAACGGAGCCAUGAGUUGGACCUGCCCACGUUGCCAGCAACCUGUUUUCUUCGCAGAGAAGGUGAGCUCCCUGGGCAAGAACUGGCACCGCUUCUGCCUGAAAUGUGAGCACUGCUACAGUGUCCUGUCCCCAGGAGGGCAUGCAGAGCACAACGGGAGGCCGUACUGCCACAAGCCAUGCUAUGGUGUUCUCUUCGGACCCAGUGGGGUGAACAUUGGUGGUGUGGGCUCCUACCUCUACAACUCCCCCAUUCCCACCCGUGCCAACACCACUCCCCUCGACCCCAGCAGUUUCAGCCCCCCAAGACCCAGGACUGGUCUCCCCCAGCGCAAGAAAAGCCCUUCCCACACGAAGACAUUCACUGGGGAGACCUCGCUGUGCCCUGGCUGUGAGGAACCUGUCUAUUUUGCUGAGAAGGUGACGUCUUUGGGCAGAAAUUGGCACCGACCCUGUCUGAGGUGCCAGCGCUGCCGGAAGACCCUGACUGCUGGGAGUCAUGCUGAGCAUGACGGCGUCCCCUACUGUCACAUCCCCUGCUACGGCUACCUGUUUGGCCCCAAAGGUGUGAACAUUGGUGAUGUGGGCUGCUACAUCUAUGACCCUGUGGAGAUAAAAUCCAAAUGAGAUGCUUACAGAAGUCUCCCUAACUCAGGCCUCCCAUCAUCCCCUUCAUGAUCCAGAGGGAGCUACAGAAUUCUUCAAUCCCACGGAGGUAGGGGAAGGUGGGAUUCUGGCAGCGUGGGCCUCAGCUCCAUAGCAGAUCAGAAAGUCUAGACUUUCUCUGCCAACUCCUCCCUUUCCCAUUCCUAUCUUCUCAGGGGAACCGGCCCACCCCAUUUUGAAUGUUGGCCUCUUGGCCUUUCCAGUUCCUUUCCCCAGCAAAUUCUGUAACUUCAAGGUACUAAUAAAACUUGUGUUUAUUCAGGCUUCUCCAAUAAAAUGCUGGCUCCCA